AUAUCUGGCUGCAGCAAACGGCCAGGAGUUAAGGAUAGCACGAGAAAGGGGUGCCAACCAACCAAGGCCGGCACAGCAGCGAGGCUGCACGUGGCACCACCACGCCGCAACAAUGAGGGCUCUCCCGACGAUGGCCGGCCGCGGGGCGGUGGCCUGCGCCGCCGCGCCCGUCCCCAGGAGGUCGCUGCUCCUCUCCACCGCCGCCGCAGGUGCGGCGCUGCAGCUGAACGCGGAGCAGCUGGCCGGGACCCGGCCGUUGCGGCUCACCAGGAACGCGACCGGCGGCGCGGCGGCGAAGAUCCGGGCCUCGGCGGACGCGGCGCAGGCGGCCACCUUCAGCGGCGCGGACGAGGCCGCGGCGUGGGCCAAGAAGGACAACCGGCGCUUCCUCCACGUCGUCUACCGCGUCGGCGACCUCGACAAGACAAUCAAGUUCUACACUGAAUGCCUGGGUAUGAAGCUGCUGAGGAAGAGGGACAUACCCGAGGAGAAGUACACCAACGCGUUCCUCGGGUACGGGCCCGAGGACUCGCAUUUCGUCGUCGAGCUCACCUACAAUUACGGGGUCGACAAGUAUGACAUCGGCGCAGGUUUCGGCCACUUCGGCAUUGGAGUCGACGAUGUGGCCAAGACAGUUGAGCUCGUCAGAGCAAAGGGAGGCAAGGUGACCAGGGAGCCCGGGCCCGUCAAGGGCGGCACGACCGUGAUCGCCUUCGUCGAGGACCCUAACGGCUACAAGUUUGAGAUCCUUGAGAGGCCGGGCACUCCAGAGCCCUUGUGCCAGGUGAUGCUCCGCGUCGGCGAUCUCGACCGCGCCAUAAGCUUCUACGAGAAGGCCUGUGGAAUGGAGCUGUUACGGAAGAGAGAUAACCCUGAGUACAAGUACACGGUGGCCAUGAUGGGUUACGGCCCUGAAGAGAAGAACGCAGUGCUGGAGCUGACCUACAACUAUGGCGUCACCGAGUACGAGAAGGGGAACGCAUAUGCGCAGAUCGCCCUUGGCACCGACGAUGUCUACAAGACCGCGGAGGUGGUGAAGCUGUUCGGAGGGAAGGUGGUGCGGGAGCCGGGGCCCUUGCCGGGGAUCAACACCAAGAUCACGUCCAUCCUGGACCCUGAUGGCUGGAAAUCGGUGUUUGUUGAUAACAUUGACUUUGCCAAGGAGCUGGAGUAGCCAUGAAGAGCGAAAUGUUUUUGUUCCUCUUUGUUCAUCGGCUCAUAAGUCAUAUAUAAGCACACGGUCUCCCCUCGCGGGGCGCUCUUAAGCCUUGCAAAUAGAUCGUUUCUGAACAAUAAGAAACAGAGGAUACUGAGACAGCGGUGGCCCCAAUUGAGAAGAUACCGAAGAAUGCAAAGCUAAGGCUAUUUAGUUCCUACAGGUCUCGACACUCUAAUUUGUUGUAACAUAUAUAGCGCAUAUGUCAAAGCGUGAAUGAUUAAAUUGGGGCAGUUUUGUUUUGUUUUCAAUUAAGAAA